AUGCUCACAAGAAGCGGGCAACUCAGAGUCUAUGCUGACCAGCUGGCACCGAUCUUCAACGGGUCUCUGCAGCUGUCUACAGUGCCCAACUGCUUCAGACAGUCCACCAUCGUGCCCCUACCUAAGAAGUCCUCCAUCGCCAGCCUGAAUGACUACAGACCUGUUGCCUUGACGUCUGUGGUCAUGAAGACAUUUGAGUGGCUGGUACUGAGACAUCUAAAGGACAUCACAGACCGCCCUACUAGACCCCCUAUAGUUCGCCUACAUAAAAGACAGUAUAUCCACAACUGCACCUCAGGGAACCCGUCUAUGAAACUCCUAAAGUAUGCAGACGACAUGACCGUGUUGGAAGAGUUGGUAUGUCGGCACAGAGGUGAUCCUGAGAAUCCCCAACUAUAUGAAGAUGGUGACAUUAUACUGGGGGGAGUCUUCCCUUUUUACAGCAGCUGGAAAGGCAAACAGGAAACCUACACAGACAAACCCCUGCCAGCAGAAUGCACCAGUUUGACUUACAGAAGCUUCCAAUAUGCUCAGUGUAUACGUUUUGCUAUCGAGGAGAUUAAUAACAGCAGAGAGUUACUACCUGGAGUCUCUCUGGGAUAUAAAAUUUACGAUACAUGUGGCUCCAUUGCCAGAAGUGUGAGGAUUGCCCUGGCUGUGUCUAAUGUCAAAGAAGUUGCAUUUGAGACGGCACAGGCUUCAUGCACCAAACCUGCACAAGUGCAGGCAAUGAUAGGAGAAACAUCUUCUUCUCCCUGCAUGGCUAUAGCUACUGUUGUUGGACCCUUUCACAUACCGCAGAUCAGCCCACUGGCCACCUGUGCAUGUCUCAGUGAUAAAUCCAAGUACCCAUCUUUCCUCAGAACAAUACCCAGUGACUACUAUCAGAGCAGAGCUCUGGCCCAGCUGGUCAAACACUUUGGUUGGACUUGGGUUGGAGCUAUUAGAAGUAACAAUGAUUAUGGCAAUAAUGGCAUGGCUACAUUCACAGAAACAGCUCAGCAGCUGGGCAUCUGUCUGGAGUAUUCUGUAGCUUUCUUCAGGACAGACCCACCAAACAAAAUACAAAAUAUUAUAAAUAUUAUUAAGCGUUCCACCUCCAAGGUGAUUGUUGCUUUCCUCUCUACCUUUGACAUGAAUGUGCUCAUGUAUGAGUUGUCUCACUACAAUGUUAGUGGUUAUCAGUGGGUUGGUAGUGAGGCCUGGAUUUUUGAUUUUCAAAUUGCAGAAAUGGACCAAUAUCACAUUCUGGAUGGUGCCAUGGGUCUGUCCAUCCCCAAAGCACAUGUAAGAGGAUUAAAAGAGUUCAUAAUGGAUGUAAAACCACUGUGUUCAUGGAGUAACAACAUGUUAAGAGAGUUCUGGGAAAUGUUAUUUAGCUGUAAGUUCAAUGAGUCAAAUGCAUCAGCAAAGAAUCUGCAACAAUGUACUGGACAUGAAGAUUUAUCUGGAGUGAAAAACAGCUAUACUGAUAUGUCACUUAUGCCCAUAUUCAGUAAUAUCUAUAAAGGAGUGUAUGCUGUAGCCCAUGCACUUCAUAAGAUACUUGAUUGUAAUGAAACAUGUAAUCGACCAAUGUUGUUAGAGCCAUUUACGAUUUUACAGGGUGUGAAAAACAUUAAAUUCAAGACAAAGGAAGGAGAUGAAGUUUACUUCAAUGAGGAUGGAGACCCACCAGCAAAGUAUGAAAUUAUAAACUGGCAGCCAACAGAAAAUGGUGUCGUGGACUUCAUCACAGUUGGUCUCUAUGAUGCAUCUUUACCUGCAGACAAACAGCUGAGUCUGCAAAAUAUGACUUUAAUCUGGGCACAAUGCUCAACCCAUGUUCCUGUGUCGGUUUGCAGUGAGAAAUGUUCGCCAGGAACUCGUAAGGUUCUCCAGAAAGGAAAGCCUGUCUGCUGCUAUGACUGUAUAAGAUGUGCAGAAGGAGAAAUAAGCAACACCACAGAUUCCAUCAACUGUGUUCAAUGUCCACCUGAAUUCUGGUCAAACGACAGAAGAGAUGUGUGUGUAAAGAAAGAGGCAGAGUUUCUAUCCUAUGAAGAAAUGAUGGGAGCACUGCUCACUGCAGCAUCUUUAUGUGGAACAUGCAUGACUGCUGUUGUAGCCUUCAUUUUCUUCACAUACAGGAAAACCCCUAUUGUCAGGGCCAACAACUCUGAGCUGAGCUUCCUGCUGCUCUUCUCCCUGACUCUGUGCUUCCUGUGUUCUCUGACCUUCAUGGGUCGACCCUCUGAGUGGUCCUGCAUGCUGAGACACACAGCAUUCGGCAUCACCUUUGUCCUCUGUAUGUCUUGUGUUCUGGGGAAAACUGUGGUGGUGUUAAUGGCAUUCAGAGCUUCACUUCCAGGCAGUAAUGCCAUGAAAUGGUUUGGACCAACACAGCAGAGACUCAGUGUUCUGGUCUUCACUCUCAUACAGGUUUUAAUAUGUGUCCUGUGGUUAACGAUUUCUCCUCCUUUUCCAUUUAAGAACUUGAAGGUAGUCAAAGACAGAAUCAUCUUAGAAUGUGCUCUGGGCUCACCUGUAGGAUUCUGGGCUGUACUUGGUUACAUAAGUUUUCUAGCUCUGAUUUGUUUCAUUCUUGCUUUUUUGGCUCGAAAACUGCCUGAUAACUUUAAUGAGGCCAAGUUCAUCACCUUCAGCAUGUUGAUAUUUUGUGCAGUGUGGCUUACCUUUAUUCCAGCUUAUGUCAGCUCUCCUGGAAAGUUUAGUGUUGCUGUAGAGAUAUUUGCUAUCGUGGCAUCUAGUUUUGGACUGUUGAUUUGUAUUUUCAUUCCAAAAUGUUUCAUUAUGUUGCUCAGACCAGAGAAGAACACUAAAAAGAAUAUUUUAGGUAAAGGCGCGCAAAAGACAAUUUGAAAAUGUUCACACAUUUACAAAUACAGUGACAAGGACACAUGAACACACACACUGCACAUACACAUGUAAUGUAUAUGUGAUUGGACUAGUUGUGUUGCACUACUACAAUAAUCCAAGACUGUAUAUUUGUAAAUUGUCAUAUGACUUACAAAUAAGUAGGUGUGGCGCCAUACGACUUUUUGAUGUCUGAUACCGAUAGCACAAUCUUGAAUACACUCAAAAAAAUUAUCAGGCAUACAACUUCAACUUUAUGUAGUUUAAUGACAUGUAAAUUUUCCUUCAGAAUAAAUCGUAUUCUCUACAUCUGACCUUUACCUUGCCAGACAUACUUAGGGAGCUACUGUGAAGUGGUUUACUCAAGCAUCUGAUUGGAUCAACUGGUCUUGA